ACUCACGCGAGAUUCACGCGAGAUUCACGCGAGAUUCACGUGAGAUUCACGUACACAUAAAUAAGGGACACUUGAGUAUUGGCUGUAGUACAGGAAACCGGAUUUUUGGUAUCUAUUGAGGUGGACCAUUGUCGGAUAUUAGUGCUAAGUAUAGACGAGGCAUUUAGGCUUCCCGAAUCUACGCAAAUUGAAUAAGCAGGGCUCGUGACCGUCUCUUGGUUGCACUGAUUAGACUGCUAUUGGAGAGUUGCAGUCCACCAUAGUAGCUGGACAUUAUGCACAUCAUCACUGCGAGCGACAUGACACGAAAAGGUCAGCAAAGAGGGCCGCCGACGGAUCUCGACUCGGCGGUGGCAUAUUUGCAAUCACUUGACCCAGACACCUUGCUCUGCCUGCAGUCCCGUAUACCGUCGAUGAUUAAGUCGAAAACAAGUACAAAUGCACCCGCUUCUACUAGAGGUGUUCGACCCACGUUUGAUGAUGGAUGGCUGUUGCCUGCUGAUGUCGUGCACAAAAUAUUUGACUAUCUCUCUGUUGAGGAGUUCUGCACAGCCCGGUAUGUGUGCAAGUCCGUUUACUAUAAUUGGCCCAUGAGAGCACUGCCAGGAGAAGUAUACGAGACGAAAGGUAAGCUCCACAAGAAAAGUAUUCAAGAAACGUGUGCAUUCUUGUCCCGUUAUCCGCUACUGAAGAAGUGGGACGCAAACAGUCCGGAUUUCGUGCCAGAGGACAAUAGUCGCAAUGCACAAUUGGCGGUGGUGGACCAGAUUGCCAAAGCGGUACCGAACGUCACGCACCUGGACGCCCUUGAAAACAGUUCUUUGUCACCAGUGCAAGUAGACCACCUGGUAUACACACUACCGCUCACGCAUUUGUAUUUGGCGCGAUGGAUACCCGCUGAUGUGUCCACUUUAACGCACUUGGAGGUGCGCCAUGGCUUCUCCGAUUACAUAGAAGCACCCCCGGUCCGCUCGUUGACCCUCAAGUAUCUCAAGCUACCACUCACGGUCGUAGAUAAUAGUCUCCUCGCUAAUUGUCCUAAUCUGCAAGUGCUCCUGCUGGACAAUGCAAAAGUCAGUAGUCCAUUGACUAGUUCUAAUCUUAUUAGAUUGGAAGUGGGCGAAGUGGAUUGCAUUGAGGUGGUCCAAGGUCUCACCAGUCUCGAUCGAUUCGCUUACGCGAAAUUGAAUUGUUCUAAGUUUGUAAGCAAAUCGGUGACCGUGAUCCAGAGCGGUGGUAGAAAGGUGGGCUUCAAGUCGCCUCUUGAUCUAUAUGACUGCACGGCCUUGACGAGAAUGAACAAACUGGAUGAUGUGCCUGUGCAUGCUGAGAAAAUCGAGGAAGUCUCAUCCACUGGAUACCACUGGAUAGGUGACAGUGUGUUGCCAAACUUAACUACACUCACACUGAAGUGGGCGAAUCUGACGGAUGAGAAAGUACGUUCCGGUGUGAUCAGCCUUGUGUCUGUCACUUGGGCCAAAAACAUACGCAAACUCAAUCUGAAUCUCAGGGGAGUUACCGAGGUCUGCACACCAGAGUGGCGUGAUUUCUUAGAGGACAUGUGCGAUGCUAUCCUGCUUGCUAUGCCCAACCUCGAGUCUUUCCGGAUAGAUGGCUUUGUACCGGCCUUCCUUGACACUACAGUGUACUACAGUUCAAUGAGGGAGUUUACCCUGGAAUACCCUAUCUUCGAUAUGUACAGCGCUGAGUCACUACUUGAGAGAAUCCACUGCUUGUUCCCUAGUUUAGAGAUUCUGCGCAUACCGGUUAAUAUGAUAUACAACUUUACCGCCACACACUUUCUCGAUUGCAAUGAUGCCCGGAAUGUGAAGUACCUUGUACCACACAGCGAAAGAGAAAACGUGAGUGUGAAGUUCGAAGAGUUGGUUCAGCAAGAUAGAGCUGGAUACUACCUCCCAUUGCGAGACCCCGAUCUAGCAAAACUGUUUGCAUGAUUGCUUUGAAGACUGGUGGUGCAUAGUACGGAUAAAAAAUACACUCGUAUAAGGACUACUACUUAUGCUUGCGCAAUUAAAAUUAGUUACUAACCAGCAAUGCAUUGGCAGCACACACCUUACCAUUCUGGAGUGCUCAAUGGACAUAAACCUAUUCAAAACGCGGUACUGUGCACCGGUAGUCGCUCACUAGCGACAACUACCUCAGAGUAUACACUUAAUAACAGAACAAAUACAAUGCAAGAUACCGGUAGUGAUCCCACCAUUUGGAAUUUCCAGCGAACUGCUUUGGCUCUGAUUCCGAUUGAUUUGGUGGCUAUCCAUAUAGGAUUAUAACUCCCACUACCGAUCGCCCCCACUCACCAAAUAAUCCGGCGUGGCGAGGCCCUAACAUGAGAUAUCAGCUGUACACGUCGUAUAGAGUCAACACUUAGAUUCUAUAGUCAAAGGGGCGUGCGUUGUCAUCAAACCAAUUCAAGAAACUCGUUGGUUAGUCCGCCGUCCCUCAUUUGGCCCUUAUUGUCACUCACAUUAAACGAGAUAGUUUGGCCUGAUACUGAGUUCUGAAACUCUCACCGAGAGUGUACCGCAGGCAUCGGCGCGUAUAGCGUGACCAGUCCGGGCCAAGUCGAUCAUUGACCAUCUUAGACAACCAUAUCCAGUUGACAAAGGUAUAGCCCUAUCAAAAUCGCCUCACGUGUCCAGGAGCAUACUCAUAUGCAUGCACAUACUCGCUCCGAGGUUGCACAAAUUUCCACCUACUUUUGUUUGGUACAUUUAUUUACGCCAUCGAAGGGGGGGGUCCUUCAAUCUCCCGACAGAAAUACAAACCCUGAAGUGGACAAGAUUAUUCAAGUAUCGAUUUAUUACCGACAAGGCAAUCGCUUGUAUUAAAUAUGGGCAGACUUGAACUCGGCAACUGUCACGUCCUGCCAUACGUUUCCGGUGAUGUAUGCGUCCUUCUCUAACCAUUCCUGU